CUUAUCAGUCUCGUGUGUCUCCGCAUAAACGAAUGUGCUUGCGAGUCAGUGUGAUUCAUAACGAAGAAAUAUAAGUUGCGAUCAAUAUCCCUUACGAAUCUCCAUCACAUUUGGACCACUAAAGCCAAACAGGAAAGAUGGGACAUCAAAGGAAAACUUCCUGGCAGAUGAUAAGCUACGCUCUCCUCCUGACGCUCCAUUUCUUGUACGCUUCGGUGGACAGCUUCCGGUUCGCCACAAAUUGUGUUCCAAGGAACUCCUUGGAUACAGAUGAAAUCGGCAGUAAGUGGGACGUAAAAACUUGGGUGCCGAAGGAUGGCGGUGUAGCCGUUCUCUCUCUCAUAUCAAAAAAUGAUAAAAAAUUUUCCUUAAGAAAAAUAGACAUCACAAGAACGGAACUGCACGCGCUGUUCAGGCAAGGAAUUCAUCUGAAGAACAGCAGUCUGCCUCUGGGCGACGGCAUAUCCCCCGGCUGGGCGGAGUUCCGGGUGACGUCAGACUCCAGGUUCAAGGUCUGGGUGGCGGGCGUGGCUGAGCCGCUCGUGGAUGUGGAGGAUGACGUUCAAGCCGAGAGGGUUUUCGUCAAAGGGAGCAACGUCACCAUCAACUGCAGGGAACCAUUUAUCAUCUGGAACGUUUCGGAGGACCGAGAGGCCGCCCUCCCUGUGGAUUGUCCAGGUCGCUAUGACUUGGCAGUGUUCUCGAGGUCUCCUUCGUCGCCCGUCGUGACGCUCGGAAACUGGACAGGAGUGCUCAGCUGGGACCCGGAGGCCAAAAUAGCCACUUUCGCAGAGCCGCGACCGCUGCCUGCCUUCACCCAGCACAACUUUACUCUGAACUGCAGCUUCGCUCAGAACCACUUCAAAUACAACUUCUUGGCAGGCCAGAACGACACUCUUGUAGGAUCCGUCUCUUUCCCCGAGGAAGUCGCAGGGAUGUCCUUCCGAGCGGAGAAUGGAGACCGAUUCGUUGUCACCUUACAGAACGCCCAACAAGAACAAGAAGCAGCAAUGACUUCCAGACUGCCAGAUCCCGGAACUGACUUCGAGAAAAUUGUCACAUACUUUCCUGUAUUUCUCAAUGGUGUUCUUGCUGUGAUCUGCGCAUUUCUUGGCGUGAAAAUAUGGCAGUUAAAGAUGAAGAUGACGUCACCGGAAGUAACUAAAGUACCUUUAGAUCAGAUGGCGGACUCGGCGCCGAUGCCCUUCCCGCCGGCCCUUCCGCAGGAGACGGUGCCUCUCAAUGGGCGUUAUGCAUUCCAACAGGACCCCAGAGAACAAUAAGAUAUUUGUCAUUAGGAAUCGUGUGGAUGAUUGGAAGAUGAUUCAUUUUAGCAUUUUGUUCUUCAGCGAAUAUGUAGCUUUGCAUUUUACUAUUUUUGUAAAGUUCUGUGUUAUCAACCACAUGAAUAUUAACGUAUAUUAUGAUUUAAAUGGAAAGUAUAGAAUUAGAAAGAAGUAUUUGAAUUAUGCGUGAAAAAUGAACUGGUGGAUUUCCGAAUAGAGAACCCCAUAAACGGCCAACAUUCCGGGGCUGAAGCCGCUCUGUGCAAUUUCUUGCAUUUUUCUUCGUCGGAUGAUUGUCUUUUUGACGAAUUAAGUGUAUUGUGAUGUAUACCUUAUAGUCAUGCAUCUUUUUUGUUAUUGGUCAGAGAAAUCAUCUUCAUGACUUUUUCAUUAAAAAAAAUAAUAGUGAAUAAAAUAAAAUAAAAACAGUGUAUGUGGUUUUGAGAAUUUGAAUUUACUAAUGUAUAUAUGGAUAGUAUAAUGAUUAUAAUUCGCUUGCAUCCAUGUAAUAAAUGAAACUUUUUGAAAAUUAACA